AUGGACGAGUUCGCACCGGUUCGUGGUUUCGAUGCCCCUUUUGAUGGAGUAGGAGAUUGGGAUCCAUCGGCUAUACCUCCUCAUGAUGGGGAGAUGACCAGCCUCGACACUAGCCUAGCACAGUCAGGUCAUCAGCCUGUACCUGUAAAACCCGAACCCACGGUGGCUAAGCCUAAACCGAAGCCGAAAGAGUCACAAGCAGGGUAUGAUCCGAUGGACGUGGAUUUAGGAGAAGAGCCCGAGGAGGAACCCGUUGAAGAGGAGCCCGAAGUAGAACCUGAGGGAGAACCCGAGGAGGAACCCGAAAUGGAGCCCGAAGAAGAACUCGAGGAAGAACCGAAGGAGGAGCCUGAAGAAGAGGAGCUGAUUGAGGUCCCAUUAGAGUCAGGAGAUGAAGAUAAUCCGAUUGAGAUUGGGGCGGAUUCUGAGUCGUCAGAGGAGCAGGAGGAUCAGGGAGAGGCAGAUUCAGGUUCUAGGGAGACUGACUCAGAGUGGACACCGUCUAGAGGUCGUAGGGGUUAG